UGAAUGGGUCAGUGACUUGGGUCGUGCCUCAGUUUUGGGUCAUUCGAGGUUCGUGAUGUAGGACACGGUCUUCCAACGCGUUCCUGCUUUUCCCCACAGGGAAAAUUUUGCAGAAACGCGUUGAGGGAAAGGGGAAAGAAGAUCCGGAGGCAUUACGGGAGGAUGGGGGAGAUAUUUAAUUACAGUCAUGACGCUAAGGGGAGACGGAGGGAAAAGGGCCAAAUCGGCCACCAAUUUUCUGGCCUAGCGCGACCUUCUGGCCGAGUGCGCAGAGCGUCCCAAAUGCGCCAAACGUGCCAAAUGGGCCCAACAUUCCCGUCUUAGGAGUGGGAGGAAA